UCUAGCCCGGGAACUAAGUCAGAGAAACGCGUUCUGUGCGGUCACCAACUGGGAGCUUUCCGACUCCAGACAUCGUCGGGACUGGCAAGAUGUGCACCCUAGGAUUGUUCCCCCCGCCGCCGCCUAGGGGUCAAGUCACCCUAUAUGAGCACAAUAACGAGCUGGUGACAGGCAAUAGCUAUGAGAGCCCGCCUCCCGACUUCCGGGGCCAGUGGAUCAAUCUACCUGUCCUACACCUGGCUAAGGAUCCCCUAAAGGCUCCUGGGAGGUUGGACCAUGGCACAAGAACUGCCUUCAUCCAUCACCGGGAGCAAGUGUGGAAGAGGUGCAUCAACAUUUGGCGUGAUACGGGCCUUUUUGGGGUGCUGAAUGAAAUUGCAAACUCAGAGGAAGAGGUAUUUGAGUGGGUGAAGACCGCAUCCAGCUGGGCCCUGGCACUCUGUCGAUGGGCCUCCUCCCUCCAUGGAUCCCUCUUCCCUCACCUGUCUCUCAGGAGUGAAGAUCUGAUUGCUGAAUUUGCUCAAGUCACAAACUGGUCCACCUGCUGCUUGCGGGUCUUUGCCUGGCACCCUCACACCAACAAGUUCGCAGUGGCCCUGCUGGAUGACUCCAUCCGAGUAUAUAAUGCCAACAGCACUAUAGUCCCUUCUCUGAAGCACCGACUACAGCGAAAUGUGGCAGCUCUGGCCUGGAAGCCUCUCAGUGCCUCUGUCUUGGCUGUGGCCUGCCAGAGCUGUAUUCUCAUCUGGACCCUGGACCCUACCUCCUUGUCUACCCGACCCUCUUCUGGCUGUGCCCAAGUGUUGUCUCACCCUGGGCAUGCACCUGUCACUGGCCUGGCCUGGGCCCCCAGUGGGGGGCGGUUGCUCUCAGCUUCACCUGUGGAUGCUGCUAUUCUGGUAUGGGAUGUCUCAACAGAGAUCUGUGUCCCUCUUCCGUGGUUUCGAGGAGGUGGGGUUACCAAUCUGCUCUGGUCCCCAGAUGGCAGCAAGGUCCUGGCCACCACUCCUUCAGCUGUCUUCCGAGUCUGGGAGGCCCAGAUGUGGACCUGUGAGAGAUGGCCAACUCUGUCAGGGCGCUGCCAGACUGGCUGUUGGAGCCCAGAUGGAAACCGCUUGCUGUUCACUGUAUUGGGGGAACCACUGAUUUACUCCUUGUCAUUUCCAGAACGAUGUGGUGAGGAAAAGGGGCAUGUUGGAGGCGCGAAGUCAGCAACAAUUGUGGCAGAUCUUUCUGAGACCGUAAUACAGACGCCAGAUGGUGAGGAGAGGCUCGGGGGAGAGGCCCACUCCAUGGUCUGGGACCCCAGUGGGGAGCGUCUGGCUGUGCUCAUGAAAGGAAACCCUCAAGUCCAGGAUGGGAGACCAGUCAUUCUCCUUUUUCGUACUAGAAACAGCCCUGUGUUUGAGCUACUUCCCUGUGGUAUUAUCCAGGGGGAACCAGGAGCCCAGGCCCAGCUCAUCUCUUUUCAUCCUUCCUUCAGCAAAGGGGCUCUGCUCAGCGUGUGCUGGUCUACAGGCCGAAUUGCCCACAUCCCUCUGUACUUCGUCAAUGCCCAGUUUCCACGUUUUAGUCCAGUUCUUGGCCGGGCCCAAGAGCCUCCAGCUGGAGGUAUAGGCUCUAUGCCCGACUUGCCACUGUUUACUCAAACAGCCUCAACCUCCCCGCCUUGGGAUCCUCUCCCAGGGCUAUCACCUGCUCAGGCCCACUCCCCUCACAUCUAAUAAUUAAAAAAUUGUUUUCCACU